AGUUUUUUCACUCAAAUCUAGUAAUAUAGAUUUUGCCUUAAAAAAUAUUAAAAAACUACUAUUUAAACUAGUUUAACCGAAUUAAAACUACCUUUAAAGCUAGGCGUACGUUCGAGUGGAUGCGUUUGCGUAGAAAUUAAUUCGCUAUAGCAUUCCAAUGAACAUCUGACGGCAUGGUUAAGAUGGCCUCAACAGAAGAGCAGGAUAGGAAAAUAGUACUGGAGUUCUGCCACCUGUUGGAGAAGUCUAAGCAGCUGUUCAACGGGCUGCGCGACCUUCCCCAGUACGGACACCGACAGUGGCAGGCUUACUUUGGGCGCACCUUCGACGUGUACACGAAGCUGUGGAAGUUUCAGCAGCAGCAUAGACUAGUCCUAGAUUCAAAGUAUGGCUUGAAAAGAUGGCAAAUCGGAGAAAUAGCUAGUAAAAUUGGUCAGCUCUAUUAUCAUUACUAUCUUAGAACGAGUGAAACUAAUUAUCUGAAUGAGGCAUAUUCGUUUUACGCGGCGAUCAGAGGCCGUGCGUACUACUCCAGGGCAAUCAAGGAGGAUCGACCGGAUCUGAUGGUGAAGAAACUGCGUUACUAUGCCAGAUUUAUUGUUGUUUGUUUACUGUUGAAAAAGAUGAAGCUAGUGAGAGAAUUAGUUAUCGAAUUGGAGCGACAAAUACAGGAAUACACGUCAACUUACGAACCCGAAGAUCAGCUCGAGUGGUCGCUCGUACUGGAUGAGAUCAAGGGAUUCAUCAAGGCGGAGGCCGCCGUUGCCGUGCUCCACGCGGACACGAAUCCGAUCGUUCUGUCGCACAGCGGUUCUGGUUCUAGGUUAAGCCCCCUGACGACGCCGCCCUGCGAGAGGACGCCGCACAUGACGCUCAGCCUGCAGGAGAUACUGAUCGUGGGUUCCGCCUGCGAGCAGGCCAAGUUUUCCGAGCUCACGAUGGACAUGUUCAGAAUGCUGCAAACGCUGGAAAGGGAACCAACCGAGUCGAUGCACCCGAUGGCAGGACUUCCGCUCGCGCACGGUGGUCCACACGAUGCUAGUCCAGCCGCGAGUCGGAUGCCCCCGUAUGGAGUGCCCGGAUCCAAAGGUUACGUGGAAAACGGCGACCGCCGAGGAAUGCGAGAUAACCCCCACAAGUAUCUGCUCUACAAACCUUCGCUCAGUCAACUGAUGGUGUUUUUGUCGAGUGGCUUCAAGGAACUUCCGCCGGGGGGAGCGUUGCUGCUGUACAUGUCCGCCGACGGGUGCUUCUCGACUACGAAGCAUCCGCAAGAUUACGGUUACGAACUGGGAGGACUGGCGACGAGCGUGAAACGAGAUGCUACCGAAGGAGGGCUUGCGGUGCGGGGCAAGUCCAGCGCCGGAUACAAGGAACCACACUGUCUCUACCCGGGUGAUCUAUACCCGUACACGCGUAGACCUCUGUUUAUAAUAAUCGACUCGGACAAUUCGUUUGUGUUCCAGCACAUACCAAGGUAUUUUGGUCAGCCCUUGGUGAUACUGAUGUCGCCACAGGACGUCCCAGCGAACUUCCAGGGCAUGAACAUUCAACAUCAUGGAUCCCUGUUCACCCUGUUUCUGCACUCCCCGAUGACAGCUUUGUGCUACAUUUGCAAUGUUGGAGACGUUCCAAUCCACCACUGGGAACGGUGUCAGAACUACGUCGAUCGGUUCGUAACCGAAGCGUCACGACUGGUCACCCGAUGUAGGAUGGAUGAAAUUGAGCAGGGAAUAGGUUACAUAGAUUCAUCGUAUGUACAGUUUUUCGGCGAUGACUUCCUGCGCACCCUAAUUCUGCGGUUCGUGUUUUGCGACGUGACCUUGAGGUUGCACCGUGGCUUCCGGGGCCGGCAUCAACGGCCACGAUGCGAACCUCCUCUGCCAGCGGCUGAACUGCUCGAACACCCGUCCCUAGCGCACAUCAUCUUACAGCUGGCGUCGGCGUUAGAAGUGAGAGGACACUUUGUUGAGGGACCGGAAGGCGAUUGAUGGAGGAGGUCAUCCGACCAGAACGUCGUCGACGGAACAUCCGGGACUCAAACCAGUGAUAGUGAUGCACUACUGCUAUUAUUAUUAUUACUAUUAUUACAACUACAACAAACCCGGAAACAGCUUGUCGGAAAGCAGCGUCACAUUCUCGAUGCCUUUCUCUCGUCAUCGGAGAACGACCGAACCGAUCGCGAUGGUGUCGAUAGUGAAGCGACCGAUGGUGGUGGUGAUCGUAUGAAAUGUUGUCUCGAGUUGCAAUACUAUUACUAUUAAUCUACACACUACUUCUACUUACGAUAUAACACUAAGGCAACGCUAGAGCGCUUUCAUGAUUUGUGCACUCGUAAUAGAUGAAAACGAAAACAAUAGCACGAGCAGAGUGACCGACCGAGAGAGACAGAGAGACACGUGGGAGGGAGCAAACAAAGCGGUACCGCUGUAUCGAAACGGUGGAGGGGAAAGAUAAGUUGGCGCGGAUGCUCUGUUACCUUUUUCUAUUUAUUUUAUGUACGUUUAAAGCUUUUGACGCUACUUGUUGUUAAUUAUACACAAACUCACACACACAAACACAUACACAUACUAUACUAGGGCAGACCGAAAGAGCGAGAUUGAACUGUGGCAACGGUUUUAACUUUUUUACGCUCUCUUUCUAGGCUGCAUUUCAAUCACUUAAAAUUAUUAUCAGUAAAUGACUAUUUGCAAACUAAUGAUAGAUUUCUGCAGUUUAUUGGUUAGGUAGCAUUUGAAAUUAUGACAUAUCUUAUUCAGUCUGAUUGAAAUUUUACUUUUUUCAUUUGCUUUGCUUUUCUGCCAAAUGACCCAGUUGGCAAAUCGUUUUUUUCUGCCGUUUGUCCAUCAGUUUUCUUCCAUACGGUCCACUCCCUGUUUGGCAGGUUAAGGUUUUGGUCCUAGUUCCAUCCAAAUAUCCGAUAUUCACUUUUAAAACGACUUAUUUUGAAAAAUGUUAAAGAAAACACUGCUUGCUCACUACUCAUAAAGCAAUUUAUUACUGAAUUUAAAAUUAAAAUCUGUAAUUGAACGUCAAUGUGCUGAUAUGCCAUCAUUUGGUUUCCGGAAGAAUAACAUGCUGUUCCCUUAUUCGAUAACACUGACCUACAAAAAUCGACAAAAAAUACUGCGCAUGUUCAACUAGAGGGGAAGCUUGAUCAUUGAGGUCCCCAGUAAAAGAGCAAAGCAAAGCAAUCCACUUUAACGACCCGCGGGUCUUUUGUGGGCUCUGUUGCAAGUUUCUGCUCAUUUCUAGGCGUCCGAAGGUUAUGUGUGGUGAGUCACCCAAAACCUCUUUUACGCAAAUGUACGUUUUACUUCCCCAUCCGAUAGAAGGCGUGAUCAAGCAAAUCUCGUCUCCACCGGGACCUUCUGGGAUUGAACCCAGGCCGACUGGGUGAGAGGCAACGUUUCGAUUGAUUUUCAUCCAUGGUAAUCUUUUGAUUUUUUUGUUUGUACGUUGUUCGUCCGACCUUUGGCUCCUUGGUUAGAUCUAAAAUAAAUAUUUAUAAAUGAAAAAAAAAAAAAACCGUUUAUACACAUUUUUUCCCGGGAUAAAAUAAGAUUAUUUCAUAGCAUGAAACCCAACAAAUUAUUGAUGCAAUUAAUUUUAUAUCUUAAUAUACAUAUAAAAAGUGUCUCGAAGCUAUAAUUUAGAUCACGACCACGUCUGGAAUAUCUAUAAUCUUGUUUUUUUUUUUUUAUUAUCUUUUCACAAACACCAACGGUUUCAACUACUUUUUAGCUGGCAAAAUCAUUUGUUUUGAUUAUUUUUAAAUGAGUGCAACACGCGUGAUUGAAAACCGCAUUUUAGAGUUAACGUCAUAGAACACUUCUUGCUACACAGAGACGCCUAAACCACAUACACAUACACAGUAUUUAUAAAUAACUCUGCAAAAGAUUUAAAUAAAAAAAAACAAUGAUCAAGUGCAAUAAUCACUACUGCAAAAAAAAAAAAAAUUCCCAGCCGAUAUUUGGACAAUAUAAACGUGUGAUCACUGCCGCUAUUUCGCUUCAUUAGAGGAUAACAAAUAAGGAGAGAAGAGAAUAGAAUAGAACGUAACGAGAAAAAAAAAACAAAAAAAAUCUUUUCAAUUGUUAACUUUCGAAAAUUGAACUUUUUUGCUAGAGGAAAAUGAAAAGCAGCAACAACAACAAAUACCAACAACAACCACAACAACAACAAGGCAAAGAGUUAAGUAAACGGACGAUUGGGCUAUUGAAUGGUGAAUUAGAAUAUAAAAAGGAAGAACAAACAUAGAAAAUUCAUUUAGACGCAUUAUACACGUUGAAAGAACCGGUUCUCGCGUGAAUACAUACUAAAAACCAAAGGAAAGCAAAAUAUAGAUUUUUUAGGAAGUGCUGUAAGGUUAUGUGGAAGCAGAUAUAGAUAGGGAAUUAUAUAUAUUUAAAAAGGUAUAAUGAAUAGCAUAAUUAAAAGCAGAUAACGACAGAUUAGAAUGUAUUUAAAUGGAAGUAUUUAGAAUACAGUUUUCCCUUUGUUUAUCACUUUCAGUUGACGACAGAUGCAAGCAAAACAUGAUAUCUGAAUUUCUCAUUAAAACCAGUAACGUGUAGAAAAGAAAACCUGCUCCAAUGAACGUAAACAAAAGUGUGAAAAUAAGGAUCACCUUUCUCUCUAGCCUGGUUAGAAUCUCACAGGUAAGCUUUUCUUACGAACUAUGUGCUGGACAACAGUGGACGCUAGAAAGAGGUAAAAGUGAAAGUUUUGAUGUUGCAUAGAUGGAAAUUUCUCGUAACAGUAGUGUGAAAAGGUGUAAAAAGGAAUCUUACAGCAGAACGAUCAAUUCAUCAACAAAAAUCAACCGACAAAUCAGUGCUGGUGUAAAGAGUUAAGGUGAGUGUACGUUUUGGGUUGGAACGCAGGCUGUUCUUAAUCGCCCUUAUUUGAUGGCGCAUUUUUAUGAAUACGAUAUUGGAGUUGCAAAUUCUUUUUCGAAUAAGGUUCUUUUUAAAAUAUGUUUAUAACUGAACAUUAAGUACAGUCAUUCCACAUAUUCGGAACACCGUGGUAAAUUGUCAAUAGGAUGCAAAUGGUACUUUUCUGUCGACCCUACUAUUUUUAGGACCUUUAUUUGCACAUUCUCUUGCUAUUUCACUAGUAAAAGUCGUACUUUUUAAACAAAAACCUUCCUUUCAAGACUAUUUUUUCCAGAGCAGCAAAACACUCUCUUCAAAUUCCCUGUUCCAUGAUUGCGGGAUGUUAUUGUGCCUCCCGCAAUAGUGGAACACCUGAAUUGAACUGAUAUUUUCACAAAAAAAGUUUCAGACCAUUCAUAAAACAUUACUAAGCAUGAGUUUUAUUGGUUUCAGAGUGUGAAGUCAUUAUUUUGUAAAAAAAUAAGUACUCAUGGAGAAAUUAAAAAGUGUGUUUACAUCGUAAGAAAAAGUGUUCCGAAUUUGUGGAUUUCAUUGGUCAAUGUUUUUCUUUAAAAACAUGAUACAAAACCUAAACAUAUACAGCCGGUCUAUACAUCAAUCGAAAGAUCGCAAGAAAAGCUUUCACAUGGAGGUAAAAGCAAAUCGUUAUGUUCGAUUAUCGAUUUUCCAUGAUUUGUUGAACAUUGGCCGAUCUGUAAACUGUUCCGAAUAUGAGGGAUGACUGUAUUGCUUAAUGUUUUUUCCGGACUCUUUUUAUAUCUAUUUUAUCUUACAUAGAUAAAUCUUAUUAAUUGCACAUGGAGAUAUUUUCAAUGUAUCAGCUCUCCCAAACACAUUUAGUUGAGAAAAACAUACAUGAUUUGCGUUAUGAUUAGGCCAGUUCACUUUCCAUAUUUUUUAUGAGACCAACUUUACUUUAGUCUUGUCUUGGCUUUAGAAUACAACAAACGUAAAACGUCGAGUCGUAGAAUAAAUGAUAACAAAAUACUCAAAAAUCACUGCCCUGUGUGUUUCAUUGACUAUUGACAAAACUCUAGAUCAUAUAAACUAACACUAGUCUGUGAGCAUUGCAAUCGAGGUAACACGACACAAUUUGUGGUUUUAUUUUCAAGACCGUCUAGUUGAGCGAAAUGGGUGACAUCGCAAAGUUAAUUUCCUUUUUUAAUUCCCAACAAACUUCUCCUAAGCAUUUUCCCUAAAAGUAGAUUUGAAAAUAUGAUUUUUUUUUUAAAUUUGUCACGCAUGUUUAGGAACGUGAAAACAAAAUGGGUUCUGAAGAAAAACAAUGAUUUUCCUCAUCGAAGGCAAAGAUAGUAUCAAUAAAGCAACUCUCUGUUUUAUUCUCUACGCUUCUCCUGAAUUAACGGAAGCAUUGCACCAAAUAUGAGAGAAAUACGAGUUGUUCUCCAGACAAAUGAUUUGCGCUGAGUUUAAAACUUGUAGGCAUGUUACAUUCGACAAAAAGAUUUCGAAUUAAUUAGCUUUCUACCUGCGGUUUGUACUACUAGAACACAACAAGAGUUUAUUGUGUUAUUUUUUUAAAUUUCCUUUGAGAUAAAAUAAUAAAUCAUAGCAUAAGUCACCUUUUUAAAAUGGUGAUUUACAGUGGGAAAAAUAUUCGCAUUUUGAUUCAAUUUCACAAAGAUUACUUGUUUUAGUCUCAUAGACUUUUUUCUAACUGUGUCCCUUUAAAACUAUCCCUUUAAACUUUGCACAUCUCGUUUUGCUCAGCUAGCGAUGUAUUUAAAAAGAUAAUGAUUCCGUUCUAACGCAAUAGAGAAAUGUGUCAGAUGAAAACAAGUGAAAGUUGUAAAAAGUUAUUUCACCAUCAACAUUGUUUCAAACAUUUGGUAGCCGAAGAAAAUAUCAAUCAAUAGUGACCAUGUACACUACCGCUGCGACAAAACCCGCGAUUUACCAAACAAAUAAAGGACACAAACAGAAAAGAACAGACAUUAUUAAUAAAACAAACCAUGAUAAGUGAAAUAACGCACAUUUUACAUAAAUAAAUACAGAAUAGUCUCGAAUACAACAAGGCAAGCCAUUAAUAUCGAUGAAAACCAAUACUUACAUAAGAAAUGAUGCUACGUUUUACAACAUAUGAGCAUUAUUUAUAGUUUUGCAACAAAAAUCGUAGCGGGUCAUGACUAGAAAUAAAAAGGCAUCCUUUUUUUCCUACACAAAAUCAGUAGAUAUCAAAACUUGUUGAAAAAAAUAAUAGAUAAAUCCCAACCAAAGCAAAUAUCAGUUAUGUUACAUAACAUUCUCAAGAAAAGUAGAAAAAACUGAAUAAGGUAGUUCAACCAAUCAAAUCACACAAACUCCCACACAAUAGCGAAAUAAGAUCAUCUGCAAUGACAUCAAGUUUAAGAAAUUUGAUUGCUCUUUGUUUCAACCAAAUUCUGAUAAAAUCAAGAAAAAGGAAAAAUAAGAAAAUAUGAAAAAUGUUACAAAAAGUCUGAAACUAUAUAAUAAAUAUAAUAAAUAACAUUAAAUACUUAAUUAAAGUAUAUAUUUAUUAUCAAAAAUAUACAUAACGAACUUGAUGAACGGAAAAUUGUGAAAAAGGUAGGAAAAGAAUCCUCCCUAAAACAGUUUUAAGUCGAUGCGUAUUUAUCAACUUUUUAUUGAGAUAACAAAAAUCUGGAGAACAUGCGAAAUGAAAUGUAACUAACAUGAGUGUAGGUGCGCAAAAACAUACCAAACCAAUUGCUUGUAUAAUACCAAAAACCAAAUCACCUUUCUAGUCAAACAAGUAAGAAAUUAAUGCAUUUUUGAGUUUCAUGAAUCGACCGUGGUUCGUACUAGUCACGGCUAAAAAAAAAGUUCAUUCGAACGAGAACAAAUAAGCAGACGUAGUGUUACAUCGCUUAAAAGUAAUAACAAAAAAAAACUUUCAUCAGUAGGCAAGCAAAUAAAUAAAACAAAAAUACAAAAAAAAAGUUACAUCACUGCUACAACAAAAACUGCACAGAGAAAACUAUAUCGGUGAUAUCGGACGAAAGCUGAAAAAUUUCAAAGCUUAGACGAACUGUAAUAUGUAGCCGAGUAAUAAGAAAACGAAAUAUCAUGAAGAUUUUUUGUUAACCCCUAAAAAACACUUGGUUCGAAACAAUAACAACAACAACCUGAAAACAUUUUCGAAAAACAAAAUCAAGUCAAAUGUACUGCUUUCAUUUUAAACAUCAUUCAAACGCACUAGGCUCGGUAUCGAAUCUUCCAAUUUUUUGUCAAGUUGCUUUUUAGAAAGAAAAAAAACGAACCCAUAUUGUCAUAUGUACAUUAUUCACGUGACUGCAACUGGAGACCAGAAGGCAUACAGAAAAAGUCGUAGAAUUAAGUGUGCUGGAGGAGGAAACAGUCGUCGGUAGCAGUCAAAACAUGAAAAAAUAAAGCGAAAUGAAAAAAAAAACCGAAAAAAGUGAAACGAGAAACUUGUUUGAGUUUCUUCGGUGUCGAUAUUGUACAUUUUGUAAAAUUCCUA